UUUCAACUAAAAAAAUAAGUUCUGUGAAAAAUGACCUUAAAGCAAAAUAUUUCAUACCGCGAACAAAUUCGCUGAAUUGCUUUCAAGAGUGAUUUAACAUCUGGUUUAAAUACAUUAUUUUUUGUAAUUUGGCUUACAAUUCAGAACAUCGCCUUUAUUGAAACGAAAGUUUCAAAGACCCUUUUGUGACCUUCUGUGACUUGUUACAAUGAAUCUAGUUUAAUUGAAUGGAGGUAAGCGAGAGAAUAUCUCAACGAGUUGUUCGACAUGAAAAUACGGGCUCAUCGAGCAGUUAAGACUGUACAAGAAACUUUAGCUCUCGGAAAGAUCAAUUCCAUUAUUUACAAAAUGAAAGAAGAAGGAAGAACCAGCCAUUUUGUAACUGAAGAAUCAAAAAUGGAAGAAGUCAAUUCAUUGACGAUACAUGGAGUGCCUAAAAUCUUCACAACAAAGUCAUACUUCUCAAGAGUGCUGUGGGCCUUAUUAUGCACUUCAACAGUGGUAUUUCUUAUAUACUUCAUGUUGGACGCAAUACGAAAGCAUCUGAAUUUUGAGAUUUAUAUAAAAGAGGAAAGAAUUCCAAAGCAUGAGAUGAGCUUACCAGCUAUUACAAUUUGCAACACCAACUUUUAUUCUGGUGAUGAUGAUGAUUAUGCUGUUAAUCAAGUUCUGCCAAAAAACUGCUCGUACACUGAUGCAGAGUAUUUUGAAACGGAAACUAAUAGAAAGUAUUUUCUGAAUAUCUGCCGCUGGUUCCAUGGUGGAGUUAUGGGCGAAUUCAGUCCCAAAAAUAUAUCAUUCCCACAAAAUGCGUCAUUUCUGCCAAAUUUCUGGCCAUGCGUAACCCUGAACAAGAACAAAACGAUGGUGCAGAAACGAGAAAGCCUGAACUCAGGGCUCAAACUUCUGCUGGUUUAUGGCGAAAGGCCAAAUAUUACAGUUCCUUCUUAUGCGAAUGAAAUUUUUGAAGAUGAGAGACAAGGAUUGUUUGUUGCAGCUCAUGACCAGAGAGAGGUCAUUCCGGCCUUUUCCGGGAUCUUCCUUCCACCAGGGUAUCAUACCAUUGUAAAACUUCGAAAGAAGGUGAUCCGCAGGAAAGAAAGUCCGUACCCUUCCAAUUGCAUUAAAUCUGGUCAAAAAACUGGUUUCAAUGUCUUUCCUGGCAAGGCUGGUAGAGAUAACUGUUUAUUUUCCUGUUUAGCAUUACGAGGCUAUCAGAUCUGUCAUGGUGUUGAUGAAAGAUGGCGUCCAUUUAUGAACAAGAAAGAGUACCCGAAUACCUUGAAUUAUACCGAUAAGAAAAUGUUUGAUUGCAUGUUUGAGGUUGUUCAAAGUGUCGACGCCGUGAAUUGUAAAUGUAAUGUCUAUUGUGACGAAGAGGUCUACGAGACUCAAACAAGUCGGGUUCCAUGGCCGCAACAAUGGAAAGCAGAGGAACUUACGCGCAUUUUCCCAAAUUUCACAAGUUCAACAAUAAGGCAAACGUUCAUUAAGCUGACUAUUUACUAUGAAGAAAUCAGCGAGUUUAGGUACACAGAGGAAGAGAAGUACAGCAUAAUGAAUGUUUGGACUGAUUUUGGAGGACAAAUGGGCUUGUUCAUUGGCGCAUCUUUGAUCUCUUUUGUUGAGAUUUUGUUGUUGCUGCUCGGUUGUCUUAAAAAAUGUUGGAAGAAGAAAAUUAAUGUAGUUUAAUCUUAAUGACUGUCUUCUAGUCGUAAAAGGACCAAGCCAAGAUUUGCUAUUCUUUCCCUUGAUAAGCACUAUAAAAGAAGAGAGUAUCUCAAACUGUUUAGGUCCUGCGUCCUCCAGUAAUGUGUAAUAGGAAUUCAUGUUAUUAUCAUACCUAAUUAUUAUGCUAACCUCGCUUUCGUUUGUAUAUAAAACUUAACCUGAACUCGAGUCGCUCGCUUUUUGUCUUCACUCUCAAUUCGUUGACUAUUCGGAGUGACAAGGG